CCAUUUUCUUAUCAUUAACACAUCAAAGAAGAAAAAAAUAUUGAAAACUCUCUCACUCAGUCAUUCUCUCAAACACCUGAAAUGGAGAAGAAAGAACUGAAAGUGGUGAAGGGUCUAGACGUAGAGAGGUACAUGGGAAGGUGGUAUGAGAUAGCUUCGUUCCCAUCAAGGGAUCAGCCCAAGAAUGGGGUUGACACAAGGGCAACUUACACUCUGAAAGAAGAUGGGACAGUGCAUGUGUUGAAUGAGACUUGGAGUGAUGGUAAAAGAGGGUCCAUAGAGGGGACUGCUUACAAGGCUGACCCAAAGAGUGAUGAGGCAAAGCUCAAAGUGAAAUUCUAUUUGCCUCCAUUCUUGCCCAUCAUCCCUGUGACUGGUAAUUACUGGGUUCUGUAUGUUGAUGAAGAUUACCAAGUUGCUCUCGUUGGCGAGCCCUCGAGAAAAUCGCUUUGGAUAUUGGCGAGGAAGACACAUAUAGAUGAAGAGAUAUACAAUCAACUUGUUCAGAAAGCCAUAGAUGAGGGAUAUGAUGUGAGCAAACUCCACAAGACUCCACAGAGUGAUCCUCCACCAGAAGGAGAAGAAGGUCCCAAGGACAAGGGCAUUUGGUGGAUCAAAUCCAUCUUUGGAAAAUAGAGAUUAAUAUAUAGCAUAUUAUGGUCUCAAUGCACUAGUAAUAAAAACAUGAAAUCUGAGUCUGAUGCAGCAUCUGAACAAGGAAAAUAGGACUUUCUUUUACAUGUUUUUCUUGAGUUUUUCUUCUGUGAAUAGCAGUUAAGUGAUGCAAAGUUUAAUUUUUUUGUAUUUUUACAAGCUUUGAUAAAAGUCAAGUUUUUUUUUUUUCUGUGUAUUUGUAAUGAUGGAGCCUCAAUACUCAAUAGUAUGUUCUGAAUGAAUUUUUAUAUUCUUAAUGGGUAUUCUUAGAAGAAAGAAACCAUUUCUAGAA